AGAGGGGCAACGACUGUGCUAAAAUUUCCGCACGUGCAGUUGACAGUUGAGUUGUUGCGGGAAAUAAACAAUUCAUUGACCGGCCGGGAUUAGAUUGUUUUUGUGAAUGUUUGACAAUGACGGCAAAGGAAACGAAACCUAAAAAUGCGAGUGGGAAGAAAAAGCCAUCACAAAAGCUGAAAAAUGUUCUUGCAUAUCCUUUCCCGCAGUACUGGCCUGUAUUGAGUGAUGAACAAACAGAAGAACUGAAAACACACAUCCUAAAAGCUAAGGAGUCGCAAAAUGGCAAAUACACAAUCUCAGGAGAUAAUUUGUUCAUCGGAUUAAGCAAAAUAGUUCGUGAAAUCAACCGAAACACAGAUGUCUACUUUUUCCUGUCUACCGACAUCAAGCCAAAGUUUGUAGCAACCCAAAUCAUCAACCUAACACUGUCAAAGCAUAAAUCAUGCAAAGUGCUCUGCGUGCCAAACCUUAAGGCGCUCACAAAAUUUCUAUUUGGUAUCGAAAGCAUAGCGUUUGGAUAUAGAUCAGGACAGUGUCCACUUGUUGAAAAGUGGAUAACUGAUACACAAGCGUCAUCGUUUCCUGUAUCGGAGAGAAUACUCAGAUAUUAUUCACAAUCAAUGAAUAGCGUUGAUAACAAGAACAUAAAGGAGCCUAUUAGGAAAAAUAUAAAUAAACCGGAGGACGUAGUACAUGUGGAGUCACUAUUCCUUAAGCGUAAAACCAAUAGUCAACGUGCCUUCACUCCCCAAAGUGCUGAUAAUUCCAAACCAUUGGAGCUUGACCAGUUGGAACCCGAGCCAGCUGAAUGGGCUGAUUUCAUAUCACUUUCAGUGAAGCCAAAGUCGAAGGUGGAGCAAAUGGAGAUUGAUGGUGAUGAUGAGGACGAUAUUGAACUAGAAAAACGAAAACUGUCUGAUACCAUCAAGAAAUUCUUUUCAAAGUCAAGCAACGGCAAAGUGGAAAAGGGGACCCCGGAUCCUGGAAGCGGAGUACAACCCAACGGCAAAAGACAUAAGAAAUCAAAGAAGCAUAAAAAGCUUCCCAACGAAUCAAGUCACUUUGAGUACGUAGGCCUAACAGUUAAUCGCAUACAACCCAAUCCUGACAAGUUGAAAAAGAAAAAGAAAAAAAAAUAAACUUUCCUGAAAAAAUGUA